AUGGCGGGGGGGGAUGCUUUGGCAACUGGUUUUAUAAAGUCACCACUGUCUCAAAAGAGACUGACUCAGGACAGCGUCGAGUUGUACUGCGAGGCGAUUGGCAAUCCUAUCCCUGAGAUCCAGUGGUGGUUUGAGGGAAACGAGCCAAAUGAGACCUAUGCUCAGCUCUGGGAUGGUGCACGGCAGGACCGUGUCAAAAUCAACGCCACCUACAACCUGCACUCUACCAGUACCAUCUACAUCGCAAACCUCACAAGCGACGACUCGGGCAUGUAUGAGUGCCGGGCUAGCAACGACCCUGACCGCAACCACUUGUCGAAGAGCCCCAAAGUCAAGUGGAUCCGUUCCCAGGCGAACGUUUUUGUCAUUGAACGUCCGCAAGUCAAAACUGAUGUAACUGACGCUUCUGGCAAGCUGCACCUCACCUGUAACAUGUCUACGCCUUACGCUGACAUCAAGGGUCACGAAUGGAUGCAUGGAGGCAAGAUACUUCAAACGGAUGCAGAGUCAAGUGCUUUCACCAGUUACAUAAUCGAGGGGAAGAUGGAAGAGCACUCCGGCAUCUAUGAAUGUGUCUACAAAACAGACCCAGUGAUAAAAGCACAAGUGAAUAUUUCAGUUCCACCCCAAGUGAUGGCAUACAAGAAGUCUGAGCAUGGGAAUGAGGGGGACACAGGCGUGCUGACCUGCAAGAAUCCCUCUUUCCCCCCUGUCAGCUCUUGGAUCUGGUACAAAAAUGGUCAAGAGGUGCGUGCUGUGCCCAUCAUCAAUGGUUCUGGUCGAUACAUUAUCAAGUCCAGUGGAAACAAGACCGAGUUACGCAUUCUUAAACUGAAUAUUGAGGAGGAUGCAGGUGACUACCACUGCAAUGCCACCAACUCUUACGGCAUGGGUGGUGCUACGGUAAACCUGCGUGUACGCAGCCGCCUGGCAGCACUCUGGCCCUUCCUGGGUAUUGUGGCAGAAGUCCUCGUUCUUGUCACCAUCAUCUUCAUCUAUGAGAAGAGGAGGAAGCCAGAUGAGGUUCUUGAUGAUGAUGAUGGAGGUUCUGCACCACUGAAAAGCAAUGCCACAAACCACAAGGACAAGAAUGUCCGCCAGAGAAAUGCUAACUAA